UCCAUCGUUCUCUCUUCUUCCCCCUUCUCCCCAGUUUCCUGUCGUGCGAUCUACAUACCUACUUUCAUACAUACUUCCCGCUGAUGGGCUGUGCCCCCCCCCCCCCCCUCACAUCCCGUCACGUUUAAUUUGGUGACAUUGUCAGAUUGUCUUCCAGUCCCGUUUCGAUUCGUGGAUGAUCCAGACACUCGUCUGGGUCGGCUCGGGAACCGUGGUUCGAGACUCUGUCCCUGCCCGCUGAUCCGGUACUUUCAGGGCCUUCUAUUUCUCCAUCGAUCAACCCACUACUGCCUCUGCGCUGUCCUCGCCUGAUUCGGCUCCUUGCUUGCUCGUUUACUUCCCUGUUUCACUUCAUCCAUCCUUCGGGAGCCUUAAUAUUGGGUAUUUUCUCAGUUUCGGCCUAGAUCUUAUGGUUUUCGGGAAUUUUGGUCUAAAACUUAACAACAACCGUUAAAUACACGAUUUAAAUCACCACUACCGCUUAUUUCCCAUAACGAUGUCCGGUCCCCACCGGUCAUUCAGCUUCAACCAAGGUGAUGACGGUGCGGGAGACGCAGGAGAUGUUUCACCAAUCCGUUCUCAAGAAGGACAUUUCAUGAACAGCCCUCCACGGCACAACGAUGUGUCCCCGGUUUCUGCCAGAAGCCAGGCGAUGGGAAGCUCGCCUUCCAGCGGCUUUCUGUCGGCGCACGAACACGGCGAUCGGGGUUGGGUUCAGCAUUCGGGGCACACGCAAACGAUGCGCACCAAUUCAACGACGCCAGGAAUGGACAAUCUUGGCCCUGCCGCUGUGGGCGGUGGUAUCAGCGGUAUCGCCCUUGGCGUUGCAAACUCCCAUAACCGUCAGAGUGGAAUUGACGCUUUUAGGGAUACAGACGGACGCAAUAUGCCUGCUGAACGAGGCUAUAACACUACCGGAUCCGACAACCCUUACGUUCCAACUCCCCCAGGCGGCGGAUCGCACGAAAGCACCGAUAACCUGCGGCCCCGAGAUUCUUACGGUUCGAACGUCGCAUUAGGUGCCGCCGCUGCUCCCGCAGGCCAACUGACUCCCGGUGGCUCUAACCCAUCCCAACGUAGUUUAUUUGAUAGCCCGUAUCAGGGUGUGGGGGCUAUGGAUGCAGGCCCAUAUCAACGACAAUCGGCCUACAGCGCCGCGGGGGACUAUCCCCUCGUCAUAAACCCUGAUGAGAUCGCCGAUGAUGGGGAUGAUGGCUUCACGCCUGCCCCGAAUGGCAAGUCUGCGAGUCAAAGUGCGAGGGCAGUUCCAGCCGCCGCUGCUGGGGGAGCCGCCGCAGGUGGGCUAUUUGGCUUCUUCAAGUCGAAGAAAGCCGACAAUCCAUCCUAUGGGCCUGUGCCCGGAGCAGGCUUGGAGGCCGGAGAAAAGAGCGGAUGGACCAAACCUACACCUGGGGGAGGAAGUCGCAAACGUGGGUGGAUUGUAGGCCUCGCCUUGGCGUUCAUUGUGGUCGGGGCGAUUGUUGGCGGUGCUGUCGGUGGUACUCUAGGAAAUCGAGAGAAUGAAAACCCCGAUACUACAAAAUCGGCAUCCAGCGAUACCGAAUCGAAUGGCGACCUCACUAAAGAUUCCUCGGAAAUCAAAGAUUUAAUGAACAAUCCCGACCUCCAUAAGGUAUUUCCGGGCAUGGAUUAUACUCCCUGGGGCGUCCAAUAUCCGCUCUGUCUUAAAUACCCACCUUCGCAAAACAACGUCACGCGUGAUGUGGCGGUGCUCUCACAAUUGACCAACACUGUCCGGCUCUACGGCACUGAUUGCAAUCAAACAGAAAUGGUCUUACAUGCUAUUGACAGACUAGAACUGAAGGACAUGAAGGUCUGGCUAGGAGUGUGGAUCGACUCGAACGACACGACAAAUGAUCGGCAAAUCAAGCAACUGUACAAGGUCCUGGACGGUACGAAAGAUAUAUCCGUUUUCAAGGGAGCCAUUGUCGGUAACGAAGCACUGUAUCGGGCGGGCAAUGAUAUCGCAAGUGCGAAGAAGAAGCUGAUCUCGUAUAUGGAUGAUGUGAGGAAUCACUUCAAAGAGAAAAACUAUGACCUCCCCAUAGCGACAUCCGACCUUGGUGACAACUGGAAGGAAGAUCUUGUCACGGCCACAGAUCUAGUGAUGUCUAACGUGCACCCAUUCUUUGCGGGUGUUACAGCUAAGGAAGCUGCCAGCUGGACCUGGAAUUUCUGGAACGAAAACGACGUCCCGCUAACGAAGGGCACAAAUAAGAAGCAAGUCAUAUCUGAGGUAGGGUGGCCAAGUGGUGGAGGUAACGAUUGUGGUUCGAACAAUAAGUGUACGGACGAUAAAUCUGGCUCCGUGGCUGGCAUCGAUGAAAUGAACCAAUUUAUGUCGGAUUGGAUUUGCCAAGCAUUGGAGAAUGGCACAGAUUACUUUUGGUUCGAGGCGUUCGAUGAGCCGUGGAAGAUCCAGUAUAACACCAAGGAUGAGAAUUGGGAAGAUAAAUGGGGUCUUAUGGAUGCCGCGCGCAAGUUGAAGCCAGGGCUCAAAAUUCCUGAUUGUGGUGGCAAGACAGCCGCAUAAUUAAUGGUUCCAUUGAUUAUGUCGCACCUCAUGAUCUUUCCUACGAUUCUCACGACACCCUUCCCUCUCUACCCCGUCUUUCCUUCCUCUCCUUUAUGAUAACGACCACAUUCCUUUUCACGAUGCAGUAUAGGCUUUGCAAGGAUACGCUUCGGUGUUAUAUUCUGCUCUUUGGUUUGUAAUUUAAUGGAUGGUUGAAAUGUUCGAUUGAUGCGUUUCUGGUAUCUUCUUUUUGUGUGA